AAAAAGAGGAAAAAAAAUAUAUAUAUAUAUAUGGAAUUUAAAUUAACUAUUAAAGAACGUUCUUUGUCAAUAAAAAACAUAAGUAAAAAGACCAUAUUGACUCAGUCAACAAACUUAAAAAAAAAAAAAAAUCAAAAUAAAAUUUAUUGACAAUUUGAAAAUUAAACACAAAAUAAUUUUAUUGCCUUUUCUUCAAAGCCUCACAGCUAGAUAAAUAUAUCAGUGGCCUCCAUUUACUCUUCUACGUUUUUUCUCCCAAAUAAGAUAUAUUUUUAGUAAAGAAAUAAUUAUCCAAAAACAGUCGCUCAAGAUAUGAACAACUUUUUCAAUGAUAAAAAAAUUAUUUGAAUGUCAUUACUAUAAAGCUUUAACGACCAUUUUAUAUUUUCUCUCAUUUUAAAUUUGGUUUCAAAAUUAUAAUAAGCACAUGCAUAACAUAUGUACAAUUUCUAGUUAUAUUUCAAUUGAAAACUAUAGUCAGAAACUUUAAUUUUAUGAAAGAAAAAAAAAAAAGAUGAAAGAAAUAGACAAAAUUCAUCCCCAAGUCCAGAACGUGGGAUGCAAUUCUAAGUUCCUUUUUUUUGACAAAAUAAAAUCUUAAUUCUUUAAUGUCUUAGUCAAUUGAAUUUAAAUCAAUAUCUUCCUCAUUAAAAACAUAAAAAAAAAAAAAAUCUGAUAUUUAUGAACUAGCAAGAUCAAGAUUUUUAUGAAUUGUUUUAGACGACUAUUAUACUAACUGGUUUUGUCACCUCAAGAAUUUUUUUUUUUUUUGAGAAAAUUGUCAUCUCAAGAUUUGACAAUGAUUUUUUUUUUUGUUUUGUUUUGUUUUUUUUUUUUUUUUAAAUUUCUUCCUGUUGAUGCUGCAUGCCUCACGCACGUUGAAAUUUAUUGGGUUUAAUUAGACUUUUGAACAAAUGUAUCAAAAACACGCUAUCAAUCGGACUCUUGAAUCAGUCAUAUUUCAGUCCUUCAGAUGCAUGAGAAAAUGAUCUAUUCAAAUAUCCCAAACUAGAAAGCUACGUUUCUCCCUCCAAUAAUAAUAAUAAUUGAGUUCAGUUGAAAACCCUGAAAUGAAUUAUGCCCAAAUUGCACUGCCAAGUGCCAUCCCGAUCAAUAGAGGAUGCCUUUAUGUGUGUUUAGAACACAGACACAUACGUUAUAUGUAUUAUGCAAGUGGACGGACAUUUGAAAAAAAAAAAAAAAAAACUUUCCUCCACUUGUAUAGUAACAUAUGACAUAUCAUCACGUGUUCUGGAUACACUGAAAAAUCUCUUAUUCAUUUGUCAUUCACCCAAAUUUAAUAGGCAUAAAGUUGUGCCACUAGCAUGCAGUGGAGUAAAUCAAGAGUUACUUGCUUUAUUUUAUAUAGAGUAAUGUUAUUCACACACGAUUCGACGGUCGGAAAUUUUAAAAAGUAUGAGAAAUAUAAAUAAGUGUAUAUGGAUGACACACCCUUUAUAUAUCUUCUCCCGUAUUACUGCUUUCACGUUUUAAAAGCAAAGGCUAUGUUUACUUAUUGUGAAUUAAUAUGCGAGGUAUGAGUAUUAUUUUCGUUCUUAUUUUUUGAAAUUUAAAAAAAAAAAAAAAAAAAAAAAAAAAAAAGAGAGUGGGGACAAACCUAUAUAAGCCGUCGUCGCAUCCAUCUCUCACGAAAACGCCACCCACUUCUCCCUUCCGAUGGUCAAACAGAUUAUAUCAUAAUAAUAUUCCACCGCUUUGAAUUUCAAAUGUUGCAUCAGACAUUUCCAGUUUCAAAACAUAAAAAUUUCGUCUUCUGAAAUAUCAAACUAUAUUAGUCUCCAUGUCCCAUUGAGCUUCAACAAGUUACUAUGCCUACCCACUUUCUCCAAAAACUACCCGUCUCCUUCCUCAUCUUCUUCCACAAUUUGGUCACGGUAAUAUUACUUUCCACCGCCGCUCUCGGCGAGGAUGACAACCGAUACACCGAGUGCCGCGGCUACUACGACUGCGGCCUCCUCAAAAACAUCUCAUACCCCUUCUGGGCUGCCAACGGGCGCCCCCAACAGUGCGGCCUCGAAUAUUACGAGCUCACCUGCCGAGAAGAUCAAUUCCCUGUCAUGAAAAUUGAAGACCAAGAUUUUCUAGUGUUGAACUUUAGUCGACAGUUUUACACCAUGACAAUCGCUCGCUCAGAUCUCUGGGACACCCCCUGCACUGACCACAUCGUCAACACCACUUUGGACUACGACCGGUUUUCCUACGUCCCAACCGUUCGGAACCUGACGCUGCUCUACGGCUGCCAGCCGGGGAACAUGUCCGUACGCAAUAACUUCACUUGCAAGGUAAAGGGUACGGACGACGACGAUAUUUCGUACUAUGUCGACGACUCUUUGAGGAUUCGUAUGAGAAAUUGGACCUCAUGUUAUUUGAAUUUUCGAGUUCCGAUUAUGUGGGAGGGUGUGGAUGUUAUGCCUGACACGCCGUAUAAGCUCAAACAGGUUUUGAAACAGGGGUUUCAGGUGAGGUACGAGGCGGAGUGGAAGCUCUGUCGGCGAUGUGAAUUAUCCAAUGGAACCUGUGGGUCGAAAUCGAAAUCGAAUUCUAAUUCGUUUGUCUGUUAUUGCCGCGAUGGACCUCGUGAUCGAAUAUGUCCGAGUUCUGGUGACAAUAAUUCUUGGGACUGGAAGAGGAAGUUUAUAGUAGGUGUUUGCACAGCUGUUGCUACGGUCGCUAUAAUGUGUGUUAUUUUCUUUGUACACCAACGUCGAAAAAGAAAACUACACCAUCCAUCGUCCUUCGUAACUCGAAGCAUCCUUUCGAGUACGUAUUCUAUGGAUGACGAUAUGGAGAAGGGAAGUACCUACCAUGGAGUACAUAUUUUCAGCUAUAAGGAACUUGAAGAAGCAACUAAUUAUUUCGAUUCUGCAAAAGUACUUGGCGAUGGAGGCUUUGGCACAGUUUAUCAUGGAAAUCUGCGCGAUGGGAGAGUGGUUGCAGUCAAGCGUCUAUAUGAAAACAAUUUCAAGAGAGUUGAGCAGUUCAUGAAUGAAAUCGAGAUUUUGGCCCUCCUGCGCCACCAAAAUCUUGUGUUGCUCUAUGGUUGCACCUCUCAUCACAGCCGAGAACUCCUCCUUGUGUACGAGUACAUUCCUAAUGGAACUGUUGCUGAACAUCUUCACGGAGAAAAAGCAAAACCUGGCGCACUUCCAUGGCUUACUCGAAUAAAGAUUGCCAUCGAAACUGCAAACGCACUGUCAUAUCUUCAUGCAUCUGACAUUAUCCACCGUGACGUGAAAACUACAAAUAUUCUCCUUGACGACUUCUUCUGUGUCAAGGUAGCAGAUUUUGGACUAUCUCGCCUGUUCCCCAUGAAUGUCACGCACAUCUCAACUGCUCCUCAAGGGACUCCAGGUUAUGUUGAUCCGGAGUAUAACCAAUGCUACCAGCUUACGAGUAAGAGUGAUGUCUAUAGCUUUGGUGUGGUGCUGAUGGAGCUCAUAUCAUCCAUGCCAGCCGUUGACAUCACAAGGCAUCGACACGAGAUCAAUUUGUCUACCAUGGCGAUCAACAAGAUUCAAAACCAUACAUUACAUGAGCUAGUAGACCCAUACUUAGGGUUUGAAUCAGACUCCAGAACACGAAAAAUGAUCAUUGCUGUGGCGGAACUAGCAUUUCGCUGUCUGAAUAGUGACAAGGAUUUGAGACCUUCCAUGAUUGAGGUGCUUAACGAACUAAAGCGGAUACAGAGCGAUGAUUUUGACAUACAAAAAACAGAGGAGAUUGAUAUUUCGGCAAAUGAUGUUGUGCCGUUAAAGAGUGAUCCGCUGCCAGCUUCACCUGAUUCCGUGGCAAUGAGAUGGACUAGCGUGUCCACGACACCAAAUACCAGCGGCUAACUAAACUUUAUAGUUCCCCUCCAUAAGUGUGUAUAUUAUGAGAGAGCUCACAGAGAUGUAUGUAUGGUAAGGCAGAUCCGUGUAUAGUGCAGUUUUGAGGCUACAAGGUUACAUUGGUUGUCUAUUUGCAACUCAUCCAGUUAAGGCAAACGAUCAUCCUUGUUUUUGAAGAAUGUUAAAGUCUCACAUCGAAAACCUAUCGAAUCAGUACAACUCAUAUUGAAUGGUUUCACCAUUAAUUUCA